AUGAGCCCAAAUACUUCAACCUUAAUAAUAUGUACCAUUGGUAUAUACGUUAGUUUUUUAACAUGGGCUUUAAUUCAAGAACCAUUAACAACUAAAAGAUGGCCAGCAACAGAACUUAAAUUCCAAGCUCCAAAUUUUAUUGCAAUUGUCCAAUCAAUAGUGGCGAUGACAGUAGGAUACUUGUAUCUACGUAGCAAAAAUCAUAAAUAUAGGCCCUAUCAAUUAAUUAGAGAUUAUAAGAAGGAAAUGGCUUUAAUCUCCUUAACACAAAGUACUUCGGCCCCAUUAGCUCAAUAUUCAUUACAAUAUGUGGAUUAUCUAACAUAUAUGUUAGCUAAAUCUUGUAAAAUCAUCCCUGUACUAAUCGUUCAUUUGUUACUAUACCGUACACCAAUCUCUGCUCAGAAAAAAACUGUUGCACUAUUAAUUACUAUUGGUGUCACAAUCUUUACAGUCAGUGAUGUUAAAAAGCCAUCUUCUGGCUUUAAUACUAGAGGAACUCCCAGAGAAUUAUUAGGUUAUAUUCUAUUAGGGAGCAGUCUUUUAAUGGAUGGGCUAACUAAUGCAACUCAAGAUAAGAUGAUGAAAGCUAGCAAGAAAUGUUUAAACGAUAAAGAAAAUUCACACAAGAUAAUUACAGGUUCGCAUAUGAUGUUCGCAUUGAAUUUUUUUAUUUUAAUUUGGAAUUCGCUUUAUUUAAUGAUAUAUGAUAGAAAACAAUGGUCGACUGCUGUUUACAUGCUUACUCAUGAGACUAAACUAUAUCAGUACCUACUAACCUACGCAAUAUGCGGUGCUAUGGGUCAAUGCUUUAUUUUCUAUACUUUAGAACAAUUUGGUUCUGUGAUUUUAGUUAUGAUUACUGUCACAAGAAAGAUGAUGUCUAUGCUUUUAAGUAUCGUUGCAUUUGGUAAGAAUGUUGCACCAAUUCAAUGGUUAGGAAUCCUAAUUGUAUUUGGAGGAAUAUCCUGGGAAGCAUAUACUAAGAAAAAGGCAUUAGCAGUUAACAGGGCUAAAAAGAAUAGGUAG